CACAGCUCCUCAAAGAUUUCUCUUCAUGUAGAAAAACACCAGUGAGGUGAUAUUUAGUGGAACCUGUGAAUUGUUACCAGCGUGUGAAUACACCACACGUAAAACAACGCCUUUUGACCUAUAAUUAUUUAUCAGCUCACUGAUCAAGGUGUCUCAAGGAAAUAAUAUCGUGUGGCUAUAAGAAACUGUUCCUUGUUCUAUCCAUGAAACAGUAUACGUUCUAACAAUUGGUUAGCCACUUAAUUCCCUCAGUUUACCGCCCUAAUACAUUUUUCAAAAUGGCAACUUUCAUCUACGUUGGGAAUCUCAUCCUACAUAUUUUAACAAUCUUCCUGCAAGACGCCACCUCGAGCAACUGGAACAUAGCUGACUCGGGUACAGCAAGGAAGAGUGACGUGAUAAUGCACGGGAACGGGCAUCCAGUUCAAACAAAGCCUGGCUUACAAACUCUGGCUGUGCACCGGAGCGUGGACGCCUCAAAUGAAACUUGCCGGGAUAACAAAGCAUAUGAACCCUACUGCAAAUCGUACCGAACAAACGACUUUUGCAGCUUGUAUCCUUACGGAAUGAACAAGCACUGCUCCCUCACUUGUGGCUUUUGCAAAUGCAAGGCCAAGAUAGAUAUUGGAUUUUUGGUGGACAGUUCGGGUAGCAUCGAGAAAGCUGGUAAAGGAAACUACAAGAAGUGCCUGGAUUUCAUUAAAACUGCGGUGAAUGGUUCUGUUAUAUCCGAGAACUUCACACACGUUGGAUUGGUUUUGUUUUCUUCCAAGCGCCAAACAAUCUUUACAUUAACACAGUAUUAUGCUGCAGAGCCAAUGAUGACAGCAAUAGACAAAGCCCCCUACCUCAAGGGCGGAACCCUGACAGGAAAAGCGUUAAAUUUCGUCAAGGUAGAGCUAUUCGACAAAACAGGCCGUCCAGGCGUUCCCAAGGUUCUUAUUGUCAUGACAGAUGGAAAAUCAACUGACGACGUUAUAAAACCCGCCAAGAUGCUGAGUGAUGCAAACAUCACGGUGUUUGCUAUCGGAAUUGGAAGAAACUAUGACAUGCAGCAACUGCAGCAAAUCGCUUCUAAACCGGAAAUAAAGUACGCUCUCACGUCAGACUUCAAUAGACUCAAGGAUUUAUACACCAGUAUCAGGGAUGAUGCGUGCAGAGUGAAUUCAACCUUUUCUGAUCAAGGUGUGCUACUCAACACUCCAGUUCACACUCCAGUACACACUCCAGUGCACACUCCAGUGCACACUCCAGCGCAUGACAACGCAGCGUUUGCGCCACACGGCAGUCACACUAUGGUACCACAGAUAGCUGUCCUGAAGUCGAAGUCCCGAAUAGAAGAACACCCACAUAAACACACACGUGGCUGAUCAAGGUUUAUAAAUUACCAUGUUCUAUGACGAGAAUAAGUACUUCAGUUCUUAAUUUCCAGUUGAUGGUCAGUUCAGCAUUGAACUGCAAAGGUCAAGACCAAGGAAACGUUGCUUGGAUCUUCUAACAGUAAUAUUGUGAUCUGAUUUGUAAAUGUAAGGUAGUUGGGAUACGAAAAACAAAAGUAUUAAAUUGAUUCUCAUUUCAAGAGGAAGACACCCUAUUUUUUCCAAUCUUUUGAGUGGAUACUCGGUUCAUGUAUUCUCGUUUGUGCAAGCUAUAACAAAAAUUCCCCUUUCCUUUGUUUCAUGUCUCCCAUUUCCCAACCUCUAUCAAAUUGCGCUUUCAAUCACCUGCUCUGAUCGACCCCAGGAGCGGCUGCAUUUCGCAAUGGAAAACAAGGAUAACGUGCAGGGAUGAUGUAGUUCAGUCCUAAGAUCAAAAUUUUAAUUUCUGCAUACACAUUGGCGUGCUUUUCUUUUGAGAUACAAGUAUGUUUUGAGAACAUGCCAUUACAUCAAGAAAAUACCCCAACGCUAACUCUCUUUUUACAUGUCUGUCUGUCUGUCUGUCUGUCUGUCUGUCUUUGUCUGAUAGUAUAUUUUGAUGUCGUAACGGAAGGAUAUAACGUGCCUUCCUUUCGAGAGAGUAAGGUUGGCCCUUAAAUAAGAGUCAUAAACAUAACAGCGUUC